CCGAACACUGCCGACGAAACCAGAUCGGCCAGUUUCCAUCAUCAGCCAAAGACGACCGGCUCCGACCGCCGCGUUCCUCUGGUGGUGGUCACGGGCUGCGACACGGGCCUAGGUUAUUCCCUGGUGGUCAGGUAUUACUGUGGUGCAAGUACAGCGGUAGGAUCGGAUGCGGUGCCUGGCAAAAUAGCCGUCGUCGCCCUUUGCCUGGAAGGAGCCGAACGCCUGGUCGACCGACUGCAUCGACUGUCCGACGAAGGCAGCAGUGGCGGAUGUUAUGGCACUGGCGAUGGAAGUUACAGUAGUAACAGUAAAUGUGAUCUGUACGCGUGGUCAAUGGAUUUGCGCGAUCCUCAAAGUGUUCGUGAGACUGCAAACCGCAUACAGGACCUGGUUGAGACUCAGAACUACAAAUUACACGCGGUGGUAAAUAAUGCGGCUCGCAUGCUGAUGGCCGAGUACGAGUGGCAAACGACAAGACUUAUCACAGAACAGUUUCGUGUAAACGUUCUAGGCCCAAUGGAAUUAACGUCAUCGCUCUUACCUAAAGUGCGUUGUGACCGAGGUCGGAUUAUUAAUGUACUGAGUCAUUGCGCUUUGGUACCAUUGCCGGGCAUAGCCGUUUAUGGGGCUACAAAAGCAGCAGUGCAAGCGUGGACUUGCGGAUCUCGAGCAGAAAACGGUGGCGUCGAUUGGAUUUCGUUUUACCCAGGAUCGUUUUACACGCAUUCAUCGAUUAUGGGCGGCGGAGGCAGACGUGACGGUUACUACGAUGAAAUGUCGGAGGCGUUAACCGACGAACAAAGGGAGCACUACGGUCAGUAUAUGCGUGCUUACAAGGAGUACUUGGACAUGGUGGACGUGGCAGUGCCAUCUCAAGACGAACCUGUCCCCAACAUUGACUUGUACAGAUUUAUGGACCAUGCGCUGUGGUCGACCCGGCCUAAAGCCGAAUACAGGGUGCCGGAACCGUGGCGUUACCGUAUAUACUCAACAUUAGCGCAUGUGUGUUCCGCGUUAGGACUUCACGGUUGGAGAGACCAACUGAUCAGACGGUUCGUCUGUACGCCUACGUUCAAUAGCAACAGGAACAAAUCAGCAUAGGCUACAUUGGUGAUGGGAAUAAUCCGGACUGGCGAGAAUUCAAGAAUCCAAAUUUACCGAUUUUGAAAGUAUUAUUUUAUACAAGGGGGUCGCAAUAGCCAAUAAGUGAUCUUAAAAUGAAGUAAGCGAAUAAGCGAGUUCCAGUGUGACUAGACGACGAAAUAACCUUUUUUAUUGUACAUAUUUCUAUUUAUUUGUUUCAUUACAGCAACCAAAUGAUACAACACAUAUUGCUUUUCAGAUGUAAUAUUACACACUGUCAUAUAGUCAUAUGCAGUUCGAAUUUAUCCAAUGAUCUAUAUAGAUGGUAACUAUUUUACUGUACAGUUUUUAACAACUUAAUAAAAGUAUUUAUUUUUGUUUAAAGUGGUCACACUGUCGCUCGGCUUCUUGACUACUUCAUUUCUGCUGACAUUGUAUUAUGAAAUAACAACUUUAUACAUUUUUACUCUUACUAUCAUUUUAUAAAAAGAAACUAUACUUACAUUCGUUUAUGCAUUUCUCGUGAUACGAAUCACAAACUAAUUAUAAGUUAUAACUGUACAUUUAUCUAAAAAAAACAAACACAAUAAAAGAAAAAAUCUAAACCAGGGCCAGCGCAA